UGCUCCUCGUCCUCCCAGCACACACACACCCCGCCGGCUGCCAAUCCGUCCUCUGCUCGCUCACACGGCAACAACAUGCCUGCCUGGGAAGCGGCGGCUCUCGCAGAGGAGCGGGGCUGGCUCCAGGAGGAUUAUUAGCCCUGAACCAAAGGGUGGGAGUGGGGGGGAUAAAGGAAAACCAGCAAGCAGAGGAGGAGGUGGGGGGCAAGGCAGAGACUCAGCCCUGCCACCCCCCGCUUUCUCCCCACCAGAAACCAAGCUCCCAGUGCGCUGGAGGAGCCCAGAGCGAGCAGCAGCCCAGCCAGAUUGGUAUCUUGGCUGACUAGAGUCCCAAACACUUCAGGUCCUGAUGGGGGACUCAGGAUCAAGACGUUCAACUCUUGUGUCUCGACUGCCAAUAUUCAGGAGAAGUAUUAGUCGAAGACAUGACUCCCUUCCUUCCUCACCCUCCUCCAUUAAUACUGUGGGUGUCCAUAGCUCCUCUCCCUCCAGCACCAACUCAAGCUCAGGUAGUACAGGCAAGCGAAGGAGCAUAUUCCGCACACCUUCCAUCAGCUUCCACAACAAGAAGGGGAGUGAACAGAAGUCUGAAUCUGCAAGCCAGAAUGUAAAUAUUUCAAAUGGUGCUCAGUCAACUCACAACAAUUUCCAAAAACCGAGCUUGGAAGAACAUGUUAAAAGCAGAGGGAGGCAUUCAGUUGGUUUCGGCAGUUCACGGAGCAAGAAGAUAACAAGAUCUUUGACGGAGGACUUUGAAAAGGGGAAAGAGCCAUCAAGUAAUAAGAAUGUCUUUAUAAAUUGCAUACGUUCUGGAAAAAACGAGGGCGAUGACUCUGGCUUUAUAGAGGAGCAAAGUAGACGAUCUAUUAAGGAAUCCUCACGGAAACUUCUCCCGAAAUCUUUCUCAUCACACUACAGGUUUUCAAAGCCAGUCCCCCAGAGCCAGUCAGUUUCCUGUGUACAACAGUCUGGAUGCUUGUUGGAAAUUAAACCAUAUGUUGAAAGCGACCCUGUAACAGUAAGGUCCUCUCCAUCAUGUUCUGCUGAGAUAACAGAAUGUGCAGGAAGUUCUUUGCAAUCACCUCAACUUUCUGCAGACCUCACCACAGUCCAGACCCCUUCGGAAUUUUUAGCCUUGACCGAAGAUUCUUUCUCAGAAGUUGAUGUGGUGCCCAAUAGUGGAAACACGGCACCACACACAGAGAACUUUGACAAUAAUACUUCUACCUCUCAGAUUUUCCUCAGUCCUGUUGUUGCUUAUGUGAGGAAAAUAGAUCAUGUAGAAAGUACUUCCCUGUCUGCUGUUAUAUCUCCUGUGAAUCAUACAAGCUUUUGUAGUACUGAAUCAAAUACCUUACCUAAAAAUACUGCUGCUAAUCAAACACAAGUAUUAUUGCAAACUACUGAACUUCCUGUUAAAGAUGCCGGGCACAUAGGAGAAAUUAACUCAGCAGAUGCACAGUUAGAAACGUUUGUGUUACAUCAUGAAGAAAAAACAGUGGAAUGCUCUCCAAAGGCUAGUGGAUUAUGUGGGGACCAACAUGAAAUAACGUUAUCUGAGUACAUUAGAGAAACAAUUCCUGUAACAGAAUCGAAGAUUAUUCCCUCCUCCUCUGAAUCCCGAUCCUUUAAAACACAACAGGGACAUGAAAUAAAUCACUCUAAAGUUAAUCUUGCCAGUAGUUUCAGUCCUUACCGAGAAGGCAGACUUAUAGAGAAGCGCCUGAGAUCCUCGUCAGAAGGCAAUGCUGGAAGCAGCAGGAUGAUCUUAAAACCAAAGGACGGAAACACAGAAGAUCUUCAUAGCUUGCGGAAGCAGACAGCAGGCUCGUCAUCUUCAAAAAUGAACAGCCUGGAUGUUCUGAAUAACUUGGGUUCCUGUGAGUUGGAUGAAGAUGACCUCAUGCUUGAUUUGGAAUUCCUAGAAGAGCAGCAUCACCAUCGUUCUGUUUGCCGGGAAGAUUCAUAUCAGUCCAUAGUCUCCUGUGCUGCCGUAGUACUUACACCCAUAGAACCACCUGGGGAAGCAAAGAAAAAAGAAGAGCCAAAAUAUCCUGAUGUGACCAAACGGAACCUCUCUCUGAAGUUGUCAAAGGAGGUGGAACAAGGAGAAGCAAGAUGUCCUCGUGUCAGCCAGGUGGCCAGCAGUCCUGCUGUGGAGUGGCCUUUUGCAGGCCUGGAAGAAGGUGGAGGAAUGGAAUCUUUACCCUUCCGACUGAUGAUGCAGGACUGCACAGCUGUAAAGACGUUACUGCUGAAAAUGAAGAGGGUUCUUCAAGAGAGUGCAGAUAUGAGUCCUGCCAGUAGUACCGCUUCACUUCCCGUUAGCCCACUUACUGAAGAGCCAGUGCCUUUCAAGGAUAUAAUGAAAGAUGAAUGUUCAGUGCUGAAGUUGCAGCUGAAGGAGAGAGAUGAACUCAUUUCCCAACUACGCGAGGAUCUGGAGAAAGCCCAACAUUUACAGAAGGCUCUCGCUUCCCAAGUAGAUAAAUCCACACAGACUGAACUUGUAGGCCAUGAUGCUACAUAUCUAAACAAAGUUGUGAGCCAAAACCUCAACACAAGGGACAGAAAGUCAGCACAUACUCCCACCGAGGACCCUUUUAGAUAUUCAUUGGGCAACCAAGCAACUGCCUACGAAAGCAAAAGCUGUCAGCUGUCAAGUCUGUGUCUGAGUAACCUCCUGAAAGAUAAAGAAAUAGUGGAAGUCAUCAAGCACACGAGAGACACAUAUGAGACCCUCACUUCAGAGGUCACCCAGAAUGUUUUGGCCAGCGCUACACAAAAUACAACCAAGCCAACACCCAAGACAGAGAGCUUCCCAGGGUUGGCUGGGGCGCCGAAGGAUCAGACUGCUGUACCCCGGCAGCAUUCCACUUUCACGGGGAGAUUUGGACAGCCUCCGAGGGGACCCAUCUCCUUACACAUGUACAGCAGGAAAAAUGUUUUCCUCCACCACAACUUACACACGGCAGAGCUGCAGACUUUAGGCCAAAAAGAUGGCUAACUGAGUCCUCAUAUUCUUGGUGUAGAAAGAGAUAAAAUCAGUUAAGGGGGAACAUUGCUCAUCUAGAGCUCAGUCUUAAGUUCUCAUCUGCUGCUACCUUUAAUUUUUUAACUUUUAGCAUUGUACAUGGGCUCCAUAUUUUCCCUGUUUAGGGAGGGUGGGGAGGGGUGGACUAGCAUGUUAACUUAAGUAACUAGAUUGAAUUGUCUUGCCGAAGUCACCAUAUGUAUAAUAAAUGGGACCAUCUUGCUGGGAUCUCUAGUCCAAAAUAGGCCCAAUAUUUUUCUCAUCUUUUUGCCUCUGUAAACCACUGACAACAUUGAAGUUUUCCAGCAGGUGAUCUCAAAUAGCAAUGUAUUUAUUUAAUAAUGUUACUGUGAAAGUAGAUGUGAGGAAUGAGUAGGUAAGUAACUAGUAAACACUCCUGAAUUGUAUAGAGACAAGGGAGAUAAUGAGACUGAAGUCUUUGAGGCACUCUCUUUGUAUCAUGUUUUGUUUCUUUGAACAAUGACAUUUGCUCACAUAUAAACUAGAGAUUCACUGGCUUCUGUUGUGUGAAUUUUGAGAAUGCCUCAUCACACCAGUAGAGGAAGAGACUGUUUUUAAUUUUCUUCUAAAUGUUCAGUUCACACAGGUUCACCAAGGAUUUCAGACAGAGUAAUUGGAAUUCAAAUUGAGAGUGACAGCUUUGCUCCUCCAAAAACUUUGUGUUUUACUAUUUUUGUUGUAUUAUGACGUCACAUUUUAGUGAUAUUUGUUGUACUUUCACAGAUGAACAGCACAGACUAUCAGGCUGUGUCAUCAUCUAAUGUCAUGCCACAUUCCAGUGUAUCAAACUGAAAAUGGAUGAAAGACUAAAGUAAUUCCAUUGUCUUAUCCAGUCCUUAUCGGCUGAUGUCCAAAUUACUCUAAUGUAAAUCAGCAUCAGAGGGGUAGCCGUGUUAGUCUGGAUCUGUAAAAAGCGACAGAGAGUCCUGUGGCACCUUUAAGACUAACAGAUGUAUUGGAGCAUAAGCUUUCAUGGGUGAAUACCCAUGCGUCUGACGAAGUGGGUAUUCACCCACGAAAGCUUAUGCUCCAAUACAUCUGCUAGUCUUAAAGGUGCCACAGGCCUCUGUCGCUUUUUGUAAAUCAGCAUGUCUCUAAGGCUACAUCUGUGGUUAAUGAUCUGGAAUAGUUGAUGACUUGGACUAAUUCUGCAUGUUUGGUAGUCUACUGUCAUAUUACACACCUGCUGAAACCCAUAUAUUCCUAGCUGACCUACAGCAUUCUAGUCUCAGAGGAACUUGAAGUAAUCUGAUCACACUGAAGAGCUUGCAAACAUGCCAAUGACACAAAAUCCCGGUUGCCCCUUCCAACAGACUUGAAACUGAGUGGCUAAGACAAGAUAUGCUAAACAUGUGGCAUAUACAAAACUUGAUUCUUAGCCUAACAUGUCUCUGAUGGCAGGUAAUCUGUUUGAAUAAUAAACCAUAUAAUAGUUUGCUCUUGAAUAACAAGAAUCUCCUGCAUUUCAGGGCAUAAGAAGCGGACCAAUAAAUCUGAAUAAGGUCACCUCUCUUUUUAUUUAUGAUUAAGUAUGGAGGAGGAGGAAGAAGGGGUUCAGCAGAUCCUUACUCAAAGAUUCAAGUAGCUAACAUACCCUACCAACAAAUAGAAAAUGAAACUCCUAAAGGUCAGCAGUCAAGUAAUGCACACAAUACCAUGUACUACGAUAACAAUUACCUACAAGCAAGCAUAACAUCUGCCUAGCCACACAAUCCAAGCAGUCUUUCAUAGUUAUCAGAUUUGUGUAAAGACUGCUUGGGGGAAGAAACACGUGGAUUACAAGCCUUGGAAAAUGUGCUGCAGAGCCAUUUUAGUAGCCUUGAAUCACCUGGCUUCUGUUUAUUGAGGUUUCCAAUUAGGGCUAGUUUUGAGACAUCAUCUGCUGUUGAAGACACCAAGGUUGAUCUGAAUAUGCUAUAGUGGUAACUUUGGAUUUGCAGAGCUGUGAAUCAAGGUGAAUAUAUACAAACAUACUCACUUUGUUUCUCUUUGUGUGGUGUUACUGCCAAAAUGGAACAAUGCAAAAACAGCUUUGCUGAAUGAAGUAUGGCUGUUCAAGACUCCUAAUGUUGCUUUGAUACACGUAAAGUCUACAGACUUAAAAAACAAAAUAGUAGUACCAUGAUUUCACUAUUCAGAUCCAUGUUUUCAUCUGAGCAACUUCUUAAGGUUAUUGUAGAUUGAAAAAGACAACAAUGAUUAUUAAUUACAGAUUUCAGCCUUGCCUUUCUCAAGAGUUGAUGUAUGCAAUUAUAUUUCAAAUCUGUAAAUAAAUUAAAAUAUUGUAACCAAGGGCAUUUUUUCCCCAGGACACAAAUGUACUAUACUACAUAAAAACCUCUUCAAUUUUAACUGAUAUACUGUAUUUAUAGUUGAUUUUUUUCCUGGAAAAAUGGACUUUUGGAUUACACUUUAUUUAAAAAAACUGUCUACACAUUUCAAAAAACAUCUCAGAUGCUACUAUUUUCUUGGAAAAUCUUUUUAAAAGCUGAAACUUUCAAAAGACUGGAGAAAACAGAUCAAUUAAAGUGAGGGAUAUUUUUAAAAAAUAUCUUGAAGCUGUUUUGUAUCAGUAUUUUCAGCAUUGUUAUAAUAUUAUUUGUAAUACUAAGUGUAAAGCUAGCCCUGAGACGGGAGUAAGCCACAUGUUAAUGUACAAUACAGCAGUAUCUGUAAAACAGGGGUCCUUUGUGUGAUCUUCUUGUAUGUAUAGUAACUCAUAAAGCAACAGCAUGUGGACAUUC